UCCGUAUGACCGAUUUGAACAAUGUGCAGAGCGAAUUCCGGUUAAUCAAGGAGGGUAAAAUAAAUAUAGGGAGUUUAAUGGGAAAUGUAUAUAAUCCCAUGUUUCCCUUGUGGAGAAUCGCAGGUCGUGAGAGUGUAGUUGAGUCACAAGUGAACUCGUCGGCCUCCCUAGAAUUUACUUGCGUGAUCUGUAAUCUUGAGGCAUCGCAGGUUUUGUUACUGCAGUCAACAUGGAUUUCCAACAUACGAAACCCACUUUCGAACUCGCGGGCCAGGAGUUUCCUCGAGUAACAUGGUAUAAGCAAAAGGGAAUGAGAGGCUUGUACUGUUGUUUGAUGUUCGUCGUUCUGACCUCUGCGACAAAUGGAUACGAUGGCUCCAUGAUGAACGGUCUUCAAUCUCUUCCCGCCUGGGAACAUUGUGAGUGUUUUUGUAACGAACUGUGUAAAGUAUGAAGCUUACACACGUGCCUUAGAUUUCCAUCCCACAGCCUCCCAACUUGGACUCCUCAACUGUAUUAUGUCCGUCGGCUCACUCGUUGCUCUUCCAUUCGUACCAUAUGCUGCGGAUAUACUGGGCAGACGCACAGGUGUGAUGAUUGGCUGCGUACUCAUGCUCAUCGGUGUACUUCUCCAGAGUUUGGGAUUCUCGUUUGGCAUGUUCGUGGGUGCUCGAUUCUUGAUCGGAUUUGGAGUCGCAAUAGCACAUGGUGCAUCACCAUUGCUCAUCACCGAACUGGUCCAUCCACAACAUCGGGCCAUCUACACGACCAUUUAUAAUACAACAUGGUACAUUGGAAGCUUCGUCGCCGCAUGGUUAACAUUUGGUAUGGAACACAGCUAUAAAAGAAACAUUUUGAGUUUCAGCUGACCUCAUCUUCAGGAACGAAUAACAUCGCAGGAAAUUGGUCAUGGAGGGCCCCGUCCGUCGUACAGGCUUUCCCUUCCAUACUCCAAAUGACCUUCAUUUGGUGAGUCUUUGCUUGUUGUGUUAAUGGCCGAGUAAAAGCUAAUUUAAGUCAGGUUCGUACCCGAAUCACCAAGAUGGCUCAUUGCGAAGGGUAGAAACGAGCUAGCACUCAAGAUUUUGGCAGACGUACACGCUUGCGGAGAUCAGAAUGAUGAAGUUGUGCAGCUCGAAUACCAGGAAAUUCGGCAAACAAUAUCACUCGAAAAAGAAGCAGAGAGCAACCCAUGGGCCGAGCUCUGGAAGACUCCUGGAAAUAGACAUCGUCUUAUUAUCCUCGUCUCCCUCGGUUUCUUCUCUCAAUGGUCAGGAAAUGGUCUCGUCAGGUGAGUUUGUAUCAGUUCAAGGUAUGCGAGGAUAAAAAUUGACAUGAUAUUUUAGUUACUACAUUAAUAUUGUAUUGGAACAAGUCGGCAUCCACAGCUCGACUACCAAGCUUUUGAUCAAUGCCAUCCUUCAAAUUGUCAACAUGAUCGUGGCUAUAACAAUGUGCUUCUUCGUUGAUAGACUCGGUCGACGUCUAUUGUUCAUGGUGUCCACGGGGGGAAUGCUUGCUGUCUUUAUUGUUUGGACCAUUUGCUCGGCUCAGUUUUCGAUGCAUGGAAGCGCCGCUUCUGCACAUGCCGUUAUCGUUAUGAUUUUCCUCUAUUACGUGUUCUAUAACUGUGCGUGGUCGGGGCUUCUGGUUGGCUAUGGUGUCGAGAUUCUGCCAUACAACAUCCGUGCAAAGGUAAUGAAUCCCUCUGACCUUUGCUAGCCAUGCUAAUUGAAAUUCUAGGGAUUGACAAUUAUGUUCUUGGCGGUCGACCUCUCCUUGUUCUUCAACCAAUAUGUUAACCCCAUCGCUUUGGACCACCUCCACUGGAAGUAUUACAUAUUCUACUGCGUAUGGUUAUCUUUUGAGUUCUUCGUCGUCUGGAAGUUCUACAUCGAGACACGUAACACUCCUCUAGAAGAAAUCGUGAAGCACUUCGACGGAGACAAUGCGAUCGUUGGUGGUCAAGCUGCAACCGAGAAGGCAAGAGUCAUUGCGGCAGAACAUGAUCUUGCGAUUGGUGGUGACACUGAAGGUGGCCUAGACGAGAAGGCAGGCGUUUACCAUACAGAGGAGAGAAUGGUUUAAUUUCGGCGGUGUUAGUAUGUAAUAAGGGCGUGUAUAGUUUGACUAGAACCGGAUAACUAUACUCGCAAAUACAAGUAAUUUUAUAUCCAUUGCGUUCUC